GAGAGCCAGGCUGAGGUUCUCCGGCUGCAGAAGCAGAAAGAGGAACUCUGCGCUCAGAUCCGGGACCUCAGCCUCCCGGUGGAUCUGGCCUCUGAUUCGCUGCCCGACCUCAAGAAGCAACAGCGCCUCCUGGAGGCCGAAGUGAGCGAGAAGAGGGAAGAGAUCUGCACGCUUUCUGCCAAGAUACAGAAGCAGCAACAGGUCCACAUGCGCUUUGAGAUGGAGAUGGAGAGGAUGAAGCAGAUGCAUCAGAAGGAGUUGGAGGAUAAAGAGGAAGAGUUGGAGGACGUACACAAGUCUUCUCAGAGAAGG